AUGCGGGUACCUAGGGUUCAGCAGCAGCAGCAGCAGCAGCAGCAGCAGCAGCAGCAGCAGCAGCAGCAGCAGCAGCAGCAGCAGCAGCAGCAGCAGCAGCAGCAGCAGCAGCAGCAGCAGCAGCAGCAGCAGCAGCAGCACCAGCAGCAGCAGCAGCAGCAGCAGCAGCAGCACCAGCAAGCUUGUGCAGGCGAAAGUACAAGUCCGGUUGUUUAUUAA